CCGCCGCCCCGAGCCGCCAACGGGCUCCGCCGGGGCGCGACGUCACUUCUGGCGGCGCCGAAUGAAAUGGCGAGCGGCGGCGGUGGCGGCGGCGCGGGGAAGAUGGCGGAUAAGGAGAAGAAGAAGAAGGAGAGCAUCUUGGACCUCUCCAAGUACAUCGACAAGACCAUCCGGGUGAAGUUCCAGGGCGGGCGGGAAGCAAGUGGUGUCUUGAAAGGAUUUGACCCUCUUCUGAACCUUGUGCUGGAUGGUACCAUUGAGUAUAUGCGAGGUGAGACCCCACCUGCAGAGCUGCCUCCAGUCCUGGGGAACAACAUCAGACAGACGUGGAGCUGCUGGAGUGAAUCCAGAGGAGGCCAUGGAGAUGCUUCAAGGGCUGGGGCCCCUCUCCGCUGGAGCCAGGCUGGGAGAGCUGGGGAUGUUCACCUGGAGAGGAGAAGGCUCUUACGAGAUGUUAUUGUGGUCUUUCAGUACUUUAAAGGGACAUAAAAGAAAAUGAUGGGAUGAAUGUUUCAGCAGGCCCCGUUGUGGCAGGGCAAGUGGUAAUGGGUUUAAACUGAAAUAGGGUUGAUUUAGAUAUAAGGAAGGGGUUUUUUUUAUAAUGAUCAUGAUAAAAACACUGGGACAAGUUGCUUGGAGAGGUAGUAUGUGCCCCAUCCUUGGGAGCAUUCAAAGGUGGGACUCCGAGCAACUGGGGCUAAUUAAAGAUGUCUGUGCUCAUUGCUGGGGGGCUGUACUAGAUGACCUUUAAAGGUCCUUUCCGAUACAAACCAUUCUAUGAUUUUACAGCAGAAGUUAGAUUAAGCACAUUCCCUGUGAUACAACAUUGUUGGUAGUCCUUGCUUGAGCUCCUCUCUAGUUAUCUUACUGGCCACUCUUGUCUUCUAAAGCUUGAAUAAAGCAGUGUGUCUUUUUCUCCUCUCUGAAACAAAAUGUAUCAUUUGAUAGGACAGUGUUUUUGGAGAGUAUUCCCUUACCUCCUUAAAAGGAAAUACCUGAAGCAUUGAAUUCUCUUUAAAAGGUAGUUUUAAAAUGUGGUGUUCAUUUUUAUUGAAUACAGAGCGAUCUCAUGGAAGAUAGCACUGGCUGAUUCGUAAGUGUUUGUCUGUCCCGAUCCAGCCCUGUUUGGCCUGGUCUGGGAACAGACCGGUGCUCUCUUCCCUAGUGCAUUUACAGGUCAGGGUCUUUUUCUGAUUGACAUUGAUCCCCAAGUGUUUGUCUGUAAUGACAUUUGAAAUGGAAUCAAGAGCUUUUUUUUUAAUCACUUGCAUGUAUACUACUGGUUAGAUGAAUGAAAGGGCCUUUGAAUUCUUUAAUAAAUGUGUUCUGCUUUUUGUUGCAUACAAAGUUCUAUAUUGCUCACUGUCAGGAAAGUCUUGAAAACAUCAGAUGUCACUGCUGCAUCACCUGUAUAGUCCAUGUGUUCAAUAAAACAAAGCAGUUAUACCAGGAAAGAACAUGCAUGUCUGUGCCUUUUGCAGUUGAUGGAAUUUGGUUUCUUUUUCUUACUUUCCUGUUCUAACCGUGGAUCUCUGCUUUUUAGAUCCAGAUGAUCAAUUCAAAU